GGGGGAGGGGGAGGGCGGCGGCGGCGGUGGGUUUGCGGAUGAGGUUGAGGACAGCGGCCGCUGUCGAGUGAUUGGUUGAAGAGAAGAAGCCGACGACGAUGAGCGGCGGCGGCGGCGGAUCCGCGGUGGAUUUAUUCGGGGAUCUGCCCGAACCCACCCAACCCCCCGGCAAUGACGUGGAGAAAGCAGGACCUUCGCUCUUUGAUGACCUACUAGAUGUAGGCAACCCAGACGUAGCACCUCGUUCACCUAACCUGUCUGGAGAGAUUCCAAAACUGCCGAAUGACCUGAAGGGGGAGAAGCGGAAAGCUUGGAAUCAAAAUGGAUCCGAGGAGCAUACGAAGAAGCUGUGUAAAGGACUUGUGACCUUAAAAGGUUAUGUAGCAGAGCGAAAGGGUGAACGAGAAGAAAUGCAAGAUGCCCACGUAAUCAUCAACAAUUUCACAGAAGAGUUCACACAAUUACCACAGGAAAUCUCUCGAUUGUCUUACUUUGCUGUUUUUGACGGCCAUGGUGGGAUGCGAGCUUCCAAAUAUGCAGCCCAGAAUCUUCAUCUGAACCUCGUCAAGAACUUCCCAAAAGAAGUGAGUAAUCUAGAGAAAACCAUUAAGAAAUGUCUUCUUGUGACCUUCAAACAAACGGACGAAGGCUUUCUCAAGCAGGCAUCAAGCCAGAAGCCAGUCUGGAAAGAUGGAUCCACUGCAACGUGCGUUUUGCUGGUGGAUGAUGUUUUGUACGUUGCAAACCUUGGUGACAGCAGGGCCAUUCUGUGUCGCUACAGUGAGGAGAAUAAGAAGCUCAUGUCCCUUCCACUAGGGAAAGAACACAAUCCAACUCAGUACGAGGAGCGAAUGCGAAUACAAAAGGCAGGAGGUACAGUCAGGGAUGGGCGAGUAUUGGGUGUGCUGGAAGUGUCGCGCUCCAUCGGAGAUGGACAGUACAAGCAUUGUGGUGUGAUAUCCGUCCCACAUGUGAAACGCUGUCAAUUAACAUCCAAUGACAGGUUUGUCCUCCUGGCAUGUGAUGGUUUAUUUAAAGUGUUCUCCCCAGACGAGGCUGCCCUCUUCGUGUCAGCAAUACUUGAGGAUGAGACGAUGAUGCCGAGGCCAGGGAAGACCCUACAGGACGUGCGGUUUGAAUUAGCCUGCAGUAAACUAGCCAGCGAGGCCGUCCGCCGGGGCUCUGCAGACAAUGUCACCAUCAUUCUAGUUGCCAUCUUGCACUUACGGUGAGGGGCUGGACUGGGAACAUAGCAUUUCCAAGAGCAGUUUCAAUGAAAGCAGGAGUCCUGAUGGAUUGCAGGCCUGUGGAUGAAAAGAUAAAACAAAUACAGAAUCUUUACAGAAACUUAAACGAAGGAUUGAAAAAAAAUCCUUUGGACUCGGAAGAACAGAAAAUGUGGUAGCUGUUCCUGAGAGACCAGUAUCAAUAUGGAGCAAUCUGGUCUGUUAAGAUCCAAUAGAUUUUUAUUCCCCCCCCCACCCCCCCUACUUCCAUUCCUGUGCUGCAUGUAUGAAUUUGGUAAAGAUGUGUACCUACAAUGAGCUUAUCGCUUACCUGAAUCACACUGGUUUGAAGGAGUUGUACUGGGUUAGAUUCUGGUUAAAUUAGGCUCCUUCUGCAAAUAACUUGACUGUUUCAACUCACCCUUGUUUCCUCUCAGCACCUCCAACAAUGUCAGUGUCUGACCAGUGCCUCAUUUUUUCGUAAUGUAUAUGAGCACAGGAUUUUUGCUCCAGUCAAUUUCUCAGGGAGAAGCUAUUCCGAGAUCACGAGAGCGAAUGAACUCUUCUGGAAGAGCCUCACGCCUUUUAGCCAAGGUCAAGUGAACUGCUCCAGCUUGAUUUUUAGCCUGCCCAGAAAUGGAUCCCUUUUUGAGCUUGGUGAGAAAGGUUACACUGGAUUAAAAGAUGUCCUGGACAGAAACUAAAUGGAAGUUUUGACUCGCAAAACAGAGCUUUGAUUGCCACUGGUUUUUAUUUGCUUAGUUGCAGUCCACACGAUGUUAAAAAAAAAUGACAUUACAUCACCCACAAACAAAUUACCACAAACUACUGCCUCAGAUACUGUGCAACAUGAUGUCAGGUCCUCAAUCACCAAUGCACCUCUCCUGCACUGAAACCAAGUCCUCUCCUAUGGAGGGUAGCGUCACCUACCCCCUCACACGCACAUACACACACACACACAACACAACUCCUCACUCUGUUUAUACAAUUAUGUGUAUAUGAGCUAACACUGAGGCAAUUCCAAGUCGUACAGUAGCGGCUGUGUAUGAAUUGUCUGCUUUCACUCGAUGUGUAAUGUACCAGCCAGAGGCACUGCAAUGGUCUUUUCCGGCCCUUUGCAUACCUAUGUUCCUCCCACCAAUCUUUUUUUACAGCUAGCUGAAUUAGACCUACUGUUUCUAAAACCGAGUACCACACCCCCACCCCCACGAAGCCUCCAGUCAGUACCCACCGUCCCCUGUCUUGCCACUGAGAGAUGUGUGACUGACUUCUCAGAAAUAACCUGGAUGCCUAGACAUUGUAAAUGGAUCCUUUCACCCAGCCCACAUUAUAUUAAAAAAAUCUAGACAUGGUU